AUGCCGCCGAGGCUUUUCCUUCAGCUCAAGGUUACAGGGCCCCUUCACGAUCUUUCACCACGCGAGGUCAUCACUCGCAUCAACGCCGACCCGAAUGGCUGGUGCAGAGACGGCGUCGACUGGGCGCGGGCUAAUGCGAUGCACUUCGGUUUGGACACCAGCAUGAGCGACAGCGACGGUCCUGACGCUGGCCACGAGGACGGGCGCGGCGCGGCGGCUGGCAGCGAGCCUCAUGGAGACGCGCUUCAGGACGGCGGAGCGGCUACCCAAGACCCCUACGACGGCUUGCAACGCGAUCACGACGGCCCCGAUGAUGAGGACAUGGAUGGCACGGCUGACACGGGCGACUACGACGGCGAGAUGUCCGACGGAGCUUUGGAGGAGUACGUUCCUCGCCAGCACCAGCGCGCCGAGAGCGCCCGCGAGCGCAUCGAGGCGAUGCAGGCCGCCGAGGAGACAUAUGCGGACGACCUUGGCACCGCCAAGGACGACGGCAUUGGUGAGAACGCCGCUGACACGAUCAAGGGCAGUUGUUGGUGGGAUAGGUUGUCCACUACAGAGUUGGACGUGUACUGCGCGCAGAAGCUGCUCGACGAGUACUACGAGGAGUGGGGGCACGACAACGACGACGAUGCCGACCCCCUCUGGACUUACCAGGAGCUGGCGCGGUACAUCAACAACAAGCACGCGAGGGCGAUUGCGCAGGAGGCCUCCCAAGGCAGCCAGGGCACGUGCGCGGAGCUCGACAAGGGCAAGGGCACGGAGCAGCUCGACAAGAGCAAGGGCACACGCAAGCUCGACAAGGGCAAGGGCACGGAGCAGCUCGAAGAGGGCAAUAGCACAAGCAAUCUCGACAAGGGCACGGGCACGGGUCAGCUCGACAAGGGCAAGGACACGAAGCAGCCCGACAAGGGCACGGGCACGGGAGACCUCGACACGGGCAAGGGCACGGCGCAGUUCGACAAGGGCAAGGGCACAGGCAAGGAGCAGCAACCCCGCACGCGCUACGAGACGAGGCGCGGCAUCUUGGAGGCCAGCUCGCAGGCGAACUUCGAGCAGGUGGCAGACGAGCUGGAGACCGACGACGACAGCCCUACGUCGCCGUUCCACAUCGUGGACCACGGGGAGCGCCGGGAGCGCUGGGACGCCAGCAAAGCCGGGAGCGCCGGGAGAGCUGGGCGAGCGCCGGGAGAGCUGGGCUCGCGGAGCCGCCGGGUGCGCCGGGAGUGGCCGGAGCGCCGGGAGUGGCGGGAGCACCGGGGCGGCCGGGAGGGCCAGGAGCGCUGGGCGGGCCAGGAGCGCCGGGAGAGCCGGGAGCGCCGAGAAUGCCGGGAAAGCCGCGAGCGCCGGGAGCGCAAGGAGCGCCGGGAGCGCAAGGGGCGCCAGGAUUAA